UCUCCAUCUAUGGGAAACUUGCCGUGUCCCUCGGUGCUGAGCCUGGACCCUAGCUUCUGUUUGGAUCUUUCUGUUGAUCUCAAGGCAGGAUAGCGUUCGGUCGGAGGAUGAUGAUCGAGCUGCAAAGCCCUGAGGAUGGUGGCCGUGGUGGUAGCUGUGGCCACGUGGACAUACUGAACACCGAGGAGCUGGAGUGUAAGAUCUGCUACUGCGCAUACAACCUGGGGAGCCGAAGGCCAAAGGUGCUCGAGUGCUUCCACCGUCUGUGUGCCAAAUGCCUCACAAAGAUCCUGGACCUGGGUGAGUCUCCUCCCAACGCUGUGGUGUGCCCUUUCUGCCGCUUUGUCACCAGGUUGCCGGGGGAGGCAGUGAGCAGCCUGCCAGACGACUGCAACCUGGUGGCGGCGCUGGCCCUCCAGAGCAGGAACCACAGGAACCUCCACUUCCACCAGGAGGCAACCACAGAGCUGCUCCUCAGCCCCAGGCACCUCAGCUCGCUGAUGGGGAGCAACUUACCCAUGACAUCCCCUUCCUCCUCCUCAUCCGCUUCUUCGUCCUCCACCACCUAUUCCUCCAUCCGGGGCUCCCCUAACUUUGUGGUGAUCACCAUCAUGGAGCCUCCACCGAUGCCUGCAUCCACCCAAGAGCUCCACCAGCCGCGUGGAUCUCACACAUCCAACCGGGGCUACCGCUCAUCCAGUCUGGACUCCAUGGCGUCCAUCACGCAGAGGUGGACCGUGUGGAACUGUGCGGCCCUCCUGUGCCAGACCUCGGCCCGGGCUCUGGUGUGGGUGCUGGGGCUGCUGUACUUCAGCUCACUGCCCAUGGGAGUCUACCUGCUCAUUAUGCAGAGGACAACGCUUGGGGUGCUGCUGGUGAGCCUAGUCCCUGCCAGCCUGGUCAUGAUCAUGGUCUACGGGUUCUGCCAGUGCAUCUGCCAUGAGCUGUGGGACUGCAUGCCACCGUAAUGGGAGCAGAUGAAUGGGCAAUGCUUUGCUUUGAAUAUGCUUGACAAUGAACCUCCAGAAUUCACUAAUGGCGAUGUUACUGUGUAACUGACCAUGUCAACACUUCAAUAGAAAAAUGCUUCUUUUCUUUACUGAGGAAGAGACCAAGAACAUUAUGUACAUUACAGAUGGCUUUUCAUUAUUAUACAUGUUAAUUUGUGCUUUGUUUAGCUUGGUAGCCAACUAAUAAUAGAGCUCUAAGUGUCAGAUUUUGCUAAAACUUUUAGGCCAUUUCUGUUGGAAUCUGCUGAAUAUCAUGCAUAAUACACUACUGUUGUAGUGAGAAACCUGAAGCUGUUUCAGGUUUGAAUAAUAACUGUC